ACGCCCUUCUGUAUAGUGACAUUAUUUCCAUUCCUUUAAUACUUAUUUGCUUUUGACUUCACGUUUACGCCUUUAUUUUAUAUUUACGAUAUAAUCAUGACAUUCUCAUUAGAACUCAAAAAAUAAUGAUAAUGCAAACAAGUUAUUGUUAACAAAAAAAUGUGUUUAUACUGUAGGGUAGUAUUUAAGUUAUGCUUACUUAAUCGGAUCGAUUCGCCACGAAUGGUAUCAGCAAUCGAUAUGAAUUAUUAGUUUCGGUCUAAAUAUCAAAAAAGAACGUUAUCAAGAACAUGCAUAAGGUGCAACAUAGUGAUGUUCACUACCUUCUCAAUGCAACAUAGUGAUGUUCACUACCUUCUCAAUGCAACAUAGUGAUGUUCACUACCUUCUCAAUGCAACAUAGUGAUGUUCACUACCUUCUCAAUGUUUGCUGUGUUUUGGGGCAGCAUACUUUGCUUACCAUGCCCUGGAUGGACACAGGCUAGAAACAUACACUCUGAAAACACACAAUGGGAUGCUGAAGAGAAGCUGAGUUUAAUUUGGACAGUGCAUGUAAAAACAAAUGGUAAACUUUCAAACACAGAAACUGCCAAAAACAUUGCACAAGAUCUCAAUAUGACUUUUAUAGGGAAAGUUCGUGGUUUUGACAAUCAUUUUACUCUGACACAUUUUGUUCGUACUGUGGACAAUCAUACAAUAAAAUCAGCUCAUGCAUACCAUGACUGUUCGUACACAAACUUGGAAAAAAGUUUGUUGAAAGCAAAUGUGGAGAACCAACUGACAGCGCAUGCUGAUAUACUAUGGUUUAGUCAUGAACUUAUUCUGUCAAGAAACAAGCGAUGGUUUCAAGUGAAUUUCAAUUUCAUGGAUUUCACAGACCCUUACUAUCGACAGCAGUGGCAUUUGACAAACACCAUGGAAAUAAACAUGGACAUUAAUGUAACGGCUGUGUGGAAACAUAAUAUCACCGGAAGAGGAAUCACAGUUGCUAUUGUGGAUGAUGGAGUAGAGCACACCAACCCAGACCUAGCUGGAAACUACAAUAGUGCAGGCAGCUGGGAUCUCAACGAUGAUGACCCUGACCCUAUGCCUGAGUUUUCAAAUCCCUCAAAUCACCAUGGCACUCGGUGUGCUGGAGAAAUAUCAGCCAUUCCCAACGAUGUCUGUGGUGUAGGAGUUGCCUAUGGGGCCAAGUUCUCAGGCAUGCGGCUCCUGGACGGUCCCCUAACUGAUAGUCUGGAGGCUCAGGCAUUCACAGAGAAGAUCCAGAUCAACGAUAUAUACAGCUGCAGCUGGGGUCCAGAUGAUGAUGGAAGAACAGUCGACGGACCUCAUACGUUAGCUGCAGCUGCUAUGAAGAAGGGCAUUGACUUUGGUCGUCAUGGUUACGGCAGCAUUUACGUGGUUGCUAGCGGCAACGGGGGCCAUGAAGGGGACAACUGUAACUAUGAUGGAUACGCAAACUCACUGUACACCGUCACAAUAGGUGCUGUAGACGAGACUGGUCAUAUGCCGUAUUAUGCAGAGGAAUGCGCCUCCAUGCUGGCUGUCACAUUCAGCAGUGCAAGUGGUGGAUCUAACAGAGAUAUUGUAACCACGGACUGGACUUCAGGGGCUGCGGCUGACCGUACAGGCUGCACCCUCCAUCACACAGGCACCAGUGCAGCUGCACCAAUAGCGGCCGGCCUCGUGGCUCUCAUGUUGGAGGUGCAGCCAUGUCUCACGUGGAGGGAUGUACAGUACAUCAUCAUACUGACAGCUCUCAGGGUUGAUGUAGACAUGGCCCAUUGGCAGAAGAAUGCUGCUGGACUGUGGCACUCAAACAAGCAUGGCUUCGGACUCAUGAACGCCUGGAGACUGACCAGUGCAGCCUCCAUAUGGGAUCAAGUGCCUUGGCAGACGUCUUUUUCUUUCUCCCAGAAGGAUGUUUACCUUCCAAUUUCAAAAUCUACAAAUAAUCCACUGGUUGUGUCAUACAAUGUCACGCAGCAGGAUGCUGAUGGAUUUGACCUCUACAUAGUGGAGACAGUGUAUGUCACCUUGACCUUGCAGCAUCCCCACAGAGGUCUGCUGGAGAUGAGACUAAUGUCCCCACAUGGCACAGUGUCUGUCAUUGGUGCCAGUAGGAGAAAAGACAAUUCAAGCGCUGGGUUCAAUGGCUGGACAUUCUCCACAGUGCGGUGCUGGGGUGAGACGCCAGUCGGCACAUGGAAACUCACCAUCACAGACCUCGAUGAUGCCCAGGUCUAUACUCAAGGCAGGCUAGUUAGCUGGACACUGAAGAUAUUUGGUACUCCAAUGACUUCUGAGCAGUUUCAAGCUAGGAAAAGGUCUGUCAAUGAAGCUAUUUACAGUGGAACUCUGAACAAGAACCCUCGAUGCCCUCCUCCUCCUGUGACAGCCUCCCCUGAUACCAGCGUCUCAGUCAAAACACUCAAGAUCAUCUUGAUGAUUGGGUGUUUCUGCUUUGCCUUUGCCAUCUAUGAAACGUUUGAGUACAUUCUGUGUUACAAAGAAGAAAAAAAGGAACAGUCAAGAACCAGGAAACUAAUAAUACGAGCACACAGACUUGCUCAAACUCAUCUCUAUGGUGAUACACAUGUAGAAACAACAGAAACCGCUGGUCUUCUGCAGAAUGAAUGCUCAAGCAUAGAGCUGCAGGCUCUUAUUAACUGUGACCUUGCUCAAUAUGACCUUGACCUUAGCACUGUAAGGUCAAACAGUGCCAUAGAAGUUUUUGAUUCUAGUCAUGAUGGGGUUUCUAUGGAAACUGACAAUGAAGAGGAAACGUCUUUUAAUAGCAAUGCACACAAUUCAUAGUAUUUUAUAUUUAUUUAUUGUUUAUGUACUGUUGAGUGAUAAUUGAAUGUAUCGACUUAUCUGGGCUUUAUAAGUUAAACUUUUCCUCAAUUAGUGGUAAAGGCUUAGUUUCCAUUCACUGACAAUCACUUUCAUAACCAAUGGCUCUAUAAUAAUCAUGAAUUGUAUGCAUGUGUUGUUGUUGUUGUUGUUUUUAAAUUAGCUUAAUUGCUAUGCAUGUGCAAUAAAAAAAAUGAUGAGUCGAUGAUUUUGUAGAAUAAUUUGAAAGUUAUUGACUUUUUUGGAUGCAAUUUGGUUUGUAAACAUUAUGACACUUUUAAAGACACCUUUUAAUUAGUUUGUAGUGCCUAUGUGUUUUGUGUAAGUGAAUAAGGAUAGUAUAGUUUAGUGUGUAUUAAGUAAACGUUUUGAACUGUAUGUUAUCUUUUUUUAACAUGUAAUUGGGUGAUUAGAAAUCCAACUUUUAUAUACAUGUAAUGUUUAGCUCAACAGUUAAUAUUUAUAAUAACAUAUUUGUGUUUUACUAGUUUUAAGUUUUAUAAUAUUGUAUUGAUUAGAUUUUUUACAUGUGCCAUGAUGUUGAUUAAACGUCAAUAUUCUUAAUACUAAAGAAUGUGCUUUUUGGAGGUGGAUUGGUUAUGUCUGGUUUUCAAUAGUAGAGUUUGAAAAUUUGAAGUUGCAGAACUUUGCUGUUUGUGUUUUAAGACAAGAGCUUUGAUGUUGAUACUACUAGCAGAAUGUGUUUUUACCAAAAAGAGUCGGACGCUAUUGUUUUGAUGUAGGUUUUAUAUUUCCCCUUGCAAUAUGUGCUGUGAUAUGUUGAAGACAUUUCUUUGUUUAUUUGAUAUCACACUCCAAAUCCAUGUUAUUUUGAUACAAUAAGGUGGGAUGCAUAAAACAUUGCAAUUGUCUGUUGGUAUUUACACUGAUUGGUUUGUCUAUAUAUUGUGUGGUCUCAACUCCUAUUUAAAUGCUAGAAGCCUUUUGUUUGUGUCCAAACAUGUGUAAUUUGGAUACUUGUGGUCUGUUACAUUUGUUGAUUUCUUGUUUCCUUUUUAUACAUGCCAGAUAAACUGUGUAGAUGUUGCAGUAUUAAUUUAUUGUGGUAACAUGUUUUAAUUCAAUCUAGUCUUCCAACACAAAUUUUAGGUGUACAUGUAUUGUCAUCAUGGUAUGUGCUUAUAAUUUAUUUUCAUGUAGAUUUUUCAUUUAAAACGUUUACUUUACUGGUAUAAUAGGUUUGAUUUUUUGAAGAAAUCGUAUGCAUCUUGAAGUGAUGCGUCUUCCCUGCAAUGAAUAUAACAAUCAAUAUCAAAAUGAAAGUGAUGUUUUUAUCUAUAAUAUGCCAUUUAAGAAUGUAUUGAACUAUUUUCUUUGUACAGGGGCUGUGGUUUGACUUGGUGCCUAGCAAUAUGUUGUUUUAGAACUUCAUGUAGAUUGUUUUAAAGGUUUGACUUAAUUUGCUUGUAAUGAUUUUUAUCUAGUCCUCUUUAUUUAAGUAUCUAGUCCAUUUCUUUAUUAAAAUACAUAUAUUGUUUUUAACAGAAAUACAUGAUUUGGUGUGAAAUUUCACCACAUUUCUGAGUUUUCUUUGUCUUGUUUUGUUAAAAUAAUAUGACAUCAGAACAGACACUGGUGGGUUAAGCAUCAUUUUAAAAGCAGUUACCAUGUGCAGUUUAUUAAAAUGAAGCCCCUAUUUAAAUGCAUACUACAUGUUAAACCUUUUACAUUAAAUAUAGAUACAUUUGGAAAGUACACAUAUACUUCAUGCAUGUGAGACAUGAGGGCUAUGUCCUGGAACUGUCUGGUGCUAUAUGCAUGUGAGACAUGAGGGCUAUGUCCUGGAACUGUCUGGUGCUAUAUGCAUGUGAGACAUGAGGGCUAUGUCCUGGAACUGUCUGUUGCUAUGUGCAUGUGAGACAUGAGGGCUAUGUCCUGGAACUGUCUGGUGCUAUGUGCAUGUGAGACAUGAGGGCUAUGUCCUGGAACUGUCUGGUGCUAUAUGCAUGUGAGACAUGAGGGCUAUGUCCUGGAACUGUCUGGUGCUAUAUGCAUGUGAGACAUGAGGGCUAUGUCCUGGAACUGUCUGGUGCUAUAUGCAUGUGAGACAUGAGGGCUAUGUCCUGGAACUGUCUGUUGCUAUGUGCAUGUGAGACAUGAGGGCUAUGUCCUGGAACUGUCUGGUGCUAUGUGCAUGUGAGACAUGAGGGCUAUGUCCUGGAACUGUCUGGUGCUAUAUGCAUGUGAGACAUGAGGGCUAUGUCCUGGAACUGUCUGGUGCUAUAUGCAUGUGAGACAUGAGGGCUAUGUCCUGGAACUGUCUGGUGCUAUAUGCAUGUGAGACAUGAGGGCUAUGUCCUGGAACUGUCUGUUGCUAUGUGCAUGUGAGACAUGAGGGCUAUGUCCUGGAACUGUCUGGUGCUAUGUGCAUGUGAGACAUGAGGGCUAUGUCCUGGAACUGUCUGUUGCUAUAUGCAUGUGAGACAUGAGGGCUAUGUCCUGGAACUGUCUGGUGCUAUAUGCAUGUGAGACAUGAGGGCUAUGUCCUGGAACUGUCUGGUGCUAUGUGCGUUGUAGAAAGUUGCAAUGAAUUGGUAAAUAUGGUAGAAAACAUCCCUCACAAAUUGUUUUUAACUCACAUAUUUUGGUGAAAAUUUUCUACAGCUAUUAGUUGUACCUUACACACAUGUUGUAAUGUUUUAGGAUUAUCGAUUUGUGUAAUAUUUGAGUGAACUGUAUUAAAAUUAUUGUAGGUGCUUUGAAAUCUAAGAAAUAACUGGUAACAGUCAAGCAGCUUACAUAUUUUCAGAUGCCACUCAUGCAUAUUAUAUUCAACAUUCAGAUUAGAAAAACUGUAUUUGCAGCAAGUGUUUUCUGUUUAAAAAAUCAAUAAAAUCAUACAAUUUACUAUAAAGCGCGUGUAUUAUUGGAUAAAGAGGAAGUUUUUUGUGUUUAUUGACCAUACAACAAUAUGUGUUUAGCCAUUGGCAAGUAAGAAAGUAAUUGUGCGUUCUUGUAAAAGCACUCUUAUACCCUAAACAAUGCUUGGCAGACCUUUAUGUAAGUAUCCAUAGCUGAUAAUAAAUUUGAUAUGGUAUCGUAAUUGUAAUUUACCAAACAAAGAUAAAAACUUGUCAUUGAUACAUUUAUUGUGUUUUGACUGUCACAUUUGAGCUGAUGUAAAUUAAAAGUAGGCAUCUUA